AUGGUGACGAUGCUGAUCCUGAUCCUGCUGCCUGCGGCCUUUCUCCUGCCGCCCGGGGCUGGGGCUGGUGAGAUCAUCGGGGGAAAGAAAGUGAAGCCCCACUCCAGGCCCUAUAUGGCCUGUCUGAAUAUACGACGUGAAGACAAGAGUUUUCGCUGUGGAGGGUUCCUGGUGUCAGAGAACUUCGUGCUGACGGCCGCUCACUGCAAUGGAGACAAGAUCACUGUGUCUCUGGGAGCCCAUAACAUUAAACAACAGGAACAGAGUCAACAGAAAAUCUCUGUGCGCCGCCGGAUCCCCCAUCCGCAAUACAACAGAGAGACCCAUAACAAUGACAUCAUGCUGCUGCAGCUGGGGCGCAAGGCAAAGCUCAAUAAACAGGUGAGGCUCAUCCGUCUCCCCCCGGCUCAUCGGCGAGUGAAACCAGGGACCGUGUGCAGUGUCGCUGGCUGGGGCCGCACCAGCGCACUCAGUAAGAGGCUCCCCAAUGUGCUCCGGGAGGUGGAUUUGAAGGUGCUGGACGAUGAGGCCUGUCUGAACUAUCCUGGUGGGAUAUAUCGUAAAUAUAACACCUGCACGAUGAUGUGUGUGGGGGACCCAAAGGAGCAGAAAGCCUCUUUCAAGGGUGACUCUGGGGGCCCCCUGGUGUGUGGGAAAACAGCCCAGGGCAUCAUCUCUUGGGGGCCUGUCAAUGGGAGCCCCCCAAGGGUCUACGCGAGAGUCUCCACCUUCAUCCCCUGGAUACGGAGGACGAUGAGGAGGCUGCAGCCCUGAGCCUGAUGGGAAUUGCUGCAGAGGCUGGAGAUGCACCACUUCUGUUCUUUGCAUGGCCCAGAUGAAGCGGCUGCUUUGCAGAGGGGCUGAGUCCCCCCAGGCUGAUCUCCCCCACCCCAGACAUUGCUCCUCUCAGGCAGUGCCCAACCCAUGAGUAUAAAGGCAGGGAGCCUGGGGGAGUUAGGAUCCAUGUUCAAUUCCAACUCCCACAGCUCCCUUGGCAAUCCCAACCCAGGCCCUUAGGAUGCGUCUUCGCUCAGGAAACAGCUGGUUUAUUUUCCCCGGGGUAACGGACACAGGCCAAACCCUGGAACAGACACGGCAAUUUGUAGCUCUCCCCCAUAUCAACCAGUCGAGUGACCGUUUAUGGGA